GUGACAAAGUUAUGAGAUAAAUUGAGACUUAGUCUAUAAACUAUAUAUGUAUUUUGAGUUCAGCAGGAGUUGUUUAUUCCUGGACUAAAACGGGUAUUUAAUUUUACUUCCUUGAAGCUACAAGAUGCGUUUGGUCUUUAAUGUUCUCGGAAGGCGAUUGCAGCAGAAAGGGCUCUCUACAUUAUAUUGUGGAUCAAAAUUGAAGCUUUCAGCUCUUUCAUUGCAGCAUGCAAAACUUUUUGCAACGACUUCAGUUAAUCAUGAUGAAUUUUUACGAAAAAUGCGAAACAUCGGAAUUGCUGCUCAUAUUGACUCAGGAAAAACUACAGUUACAGAGCGUCUUUUGUUUUACACUGGAAAAAUCAGCAAAAUGCAUGAGGUGAAGGGAAAAGACAAAGUUGGUGCGACAAUGGAUUCAAUGGAAUUGGAGAGACAAAGAGGAAUUACCAUUCAGUCAGCAGCAACACACAUCACAUGGAAAGAUCAUCCUAUUAAUAUCAUUGAUACCCCUGGUCAUGUGGAUUUCACUGUUGAAGUUGAAAGAGCAUUACGUGUACUGGAUGGUGCAGUUCUUGUUAUCUGUGCUGUUGGUGGUGUUCAGAGUCAAACAUAUACAGUAUAUCGACAGAUGCAGAGAUACAAUGUUCCUUGCAUUGCAUUUAUUAAUAAACUUGAUAGAAUGGGAGCAAAUCCUCACAGAUGCCUUAUGCAACUAAGAGACAAACUUGGACACAAUGCAGCCUUUAUGCAAAUUCCAGUUGGUCUUGAGUCAGAAUCGACUGGGAUAGUUGAUGUUAUAUCAAGGAAAGCUCUGUAUUUUGAAGGAGAAUCAGGAGAAAAUAUUGUUGAGAAAUCAAUUCCUGACAAUUUAGUUGAUAUAACAGAAGAAAAAAGAAAUGAAUUAAUAGAAUGUGUUAGCAACGUUGAUGAUGAGUUAGCGGAAAUGUUUCUUGUUGAUAAACAGCCUACAGAUGAACAACUUUAUGAUGCUAUUCGGAGAGCUACAGUUGCCAGAAAAUUCACUCCAGUAUUUAUGGGAACUGCGCUUAAGAAUAAAGGAGUUCAGCCUGUGUUAGAUGCCAUUGUCAAAUAUCUUCCUGAUCCUUCAGAAGUAAAGAAUUAUGCGUUAGAUAAUUCAAAGCAAGAUGAAGAAGGAAAGGGGGAAAGGUUACUGAUGAAUUAUGAAAGAAGUUUCGAAAAUCCUGCUGUUGCCCUUGCAUUUAAACUUGAGCAAAGCAAUUUUGGGCAACUAACAUAUCUCAGAAUAUAUCAAGGAGGAUUAGAAAGAGGCGAUUUUAUCUACAACACUCGAACUGGUAAAAAAUCAAGAGCAUCAAGAUUGGUGCAAAUGCAUGCAGAUAAAAUGGAGGAUGUGAAUGAAGUGUUUGCCGGAGAUAUUUGUGCAUUAUUUGGAGUUGACUGUGCUAGUGGUGAUACUUUUGUAAAGGACAAGAAAUAUCAGGUUUCCAUGGAGUCAAUUCAUGUUCCUGAACCAGUAGUGUCAAUGUCAUUGAAAUUAGAUGCAAGAGAUGAUAGCGGGAAGUUGAGUAAAGCUUUAAACAGAUUCACUAAAGAAGAUCCAACCUUCACUGUUUUUUGGGAUCAAGAAGCAAGAGAGAGAGUGGUAUCAGGAAUGGGAGAACUUCAUCUAGAAAUCUACGCUCAAAGAAUUACAAACGAAUACAAUCUUCCUGUUACGCUUGGAAAACCAACUGUGGCAUUUAGAGAAACAAUUGUUCAACCUGUAGAGUUGGAGCUGCCAAACCAAUAUCGAUGUCAUCUGCGUGAUAAUUCUUUAUUAUCUCCCAUACGUUUUAUGUUUUUCUCAGCCGUACAUGAUAAUAUAUAUUUCUAUACGUGAAUAAAUUGGUUUGAU